AUGGAAAAUAAAAGUAAUAAUGGAAUGAGAAAAGGAGCUUGGACUAAAGAGGAAGAUCAUCUUCUCAGAGACUGCAUUCGUGAAUACGGAGAAGGCAAAUGGCAUCUCGUCCCUCUCCGAGCUGGGUUGAACAGAUGUAGGAAGGGUUGCAGGCUGAGAUGGCUCAAUUAUCUCAUACCUGAUCUCAAUAGAGGCUUUUUUACUAAUGAUGAAGUUGAUCUCAUUGUUAGGCUUCAUAAAUUGUUAGGAAACAGAUGGUCGUUGAUCGCCGGCAGACUUCCCGGACGGACUGCCAACGACGUCAAGAACUUCUGGAACAGCCACAUUUCGAAGCGACCGCCCAAAGAAAAAACCAUCACCGAGAGCAACAUCGUAAGGCCUCGAGCUUGA